AUGAAUAACGUAGUUUGCGAGUGUGGGAAGACCGUCAAGGGCGAGAGCGCCCUGGCCCAGCACAAGCGAGACUCGCCGAAACAUCGACAAAGCGUGGAGCCAGCGGGAACAAGCGAUCCUAGCUUAUCCAGACGGCGAGUUAGUAAUUUAAGAGUCAAUGAGUACGGGAAGCCGUACAUGUCGGGUCUGGACGACGAAGACUGGAGUCUCUGCGACAAAGAUUGUGCCUGGUGCGGUCAUUGCGCCGAUGGCAUGGGCUUUUGA